AUGCUCUCGAAAACAAAUAGAGGAUUUCAAGUCAGAAUAAGAACAGCGAGUAAAGCUCUUUUGUCAUAUACAAGUAAUGAAGCUGGGCGUAAUUUUGUUGAUUCGGCGCUUAUUCUGAGUCGAGAUUUAUACAAGGAGAAUACUAGAAUAAAUUCAUACAAGAAAAUUCCUUAUGAAGGACUGAAGCCGUCUUUCUAUAGAAGAGCAGCUUCCGAAUUUGAAUCUGAAUAUUUGGAUCGAAAGGGACUGGGAAAUACGAGAAUUCUAGAAGUUUUAGACGUGGAUAAGGAUUUCGAGUCUAGGAUAGCUCCUAGAACGGAACAUAUUCAGCAGUUCGUGGGGGAUGAAUUUCCAUUGUCAUUAAAAGAAAAGCUUAGCAUACUAUGUGGUCUUUCAAAUUUUCCCUUAAUCUUCGAACAACGAGGUAAAAAUAAUGUAUCCAAGACGGAUAAAAUAUCAAAUAAUUCAACCGGUGAGCAAUUAUUUCCAAAUUUAAUAGAAGGUGAAGAAUAUACAACAGAAAAGCUCCGCAAUAUUGGAAAGGCUAUAUUUGAUCUUCACCUUGGACUCAGUACCAUCUUUGCUGACGAAAAAUAUCUUUCGCUUCCGUCUGACAGCUUGGAGCAAACAAUGAACCUAUUUAAUGACGAUAGGGAAAUAAUACCUUUAUUCAUGAAACGUAAUUUUAUUUACGAUUGCAUACUUCCUUAUCAAGGAACCAUGAGGUGUGGUAUGAUUCACUCGUCUGAAAUGAAUAAGAAGAGAAAAGUGAAAAUUCAGGAUGCCACCUCAAUAGGAAGCUUUUAUACUAUGAUAGGAUUAUUAUCGGUGAAAUUCAAUAAGGAAGAUGUGUUGAAAAAGGUAGUUUAUGGCAAAAUUAUCAACGGAAGGACAGGCUUGGUGUCUCUUGCUACCGAAACAUUAACAAAGCUAAGAACCUGA